AUGGUCGAGAUCAGCAGUCACUCUUGUGUCAGAUUCAUUCCGCGGACGAAACAGACUAGUUACUUGCGAAUUUAUGCCGGAGAUGGUUGCUACUCAAUGGUUGGAAGAGUUGGAGGAGAGCAAGGCGUUUCACUUGGAAAAGGGUGUGACUUCGUUGAAAUUAUUAUUCACGAACUGAUGCAUGCUCUUGGCUUCUGGCAUGAGCAGAGCCGACCAGACCGGGAUAAUUAUGUGAUAAUCAACUGGCAAAAUAUACAGCCAAGUGAAACUGACCAAUUCAAAACAAACGACCCGAUCGUUGUCGAUACUCUUGGCCAAGGGUACGACUACGACUCGAUAAUGCACUACAACAGCAUGGCGUUCAGCAAAAAUGGCAUGGAGACGAUUAUGGCACGCACUGGCGGAGUCCGCAUUGGUGACAACUUAAAACUCUCCAGAACAGAUAUAACAAAGCUGAACCUGUUGUACAACUGCUACUAUAAAAUACCUUCGAUGAUGAGGCUGCUGCCAUGGCGAUUUGGGACUCGAGGCUUUUGGCCACAAGAUAGGUUUGAAGACGAUAUCAUCGGUAUGGACUUCUAUGAUGCAUACAGAAGUGAACUACUUAACGAAAGACCCUAUAGUCGAACCGCCGUAAAAAACAAGAAUUUAUUGUGGCCCAACGGUGUAGUUGCAUAUGUAUUUGAUAAUAGGCUAGGCUAUCACCAAAGACUCAUAAGACAAGCAAUGGAUAGAAUAGAGAGUGUGUCUUGCGUUCGGUUCGUUCAGCGAACUCGGCAAAGCGAUUACUUGUACAUAUUUCCCGGCGAUGGUUGUUAUUCCAUGGUUGGGAAGGCUGGAGGAAAACAACCUCUUUCUCUGGGACCUGGAUGCUACUAUUUUGAAGUCGCUGAACACGAGCUGAUGCACGGUAUAGGAUUUUGGCAUGAGCACGGUCGUCCGGAUAGAGACAAAUACGUCCAGAUACUUAUGCAGAACGUUGACAGAAGAGAAAGUUCACAGUUUGGCAAAAACGACCCCAUGGUCGUUGAUACGCUGGACGAAGACUACGACUACAGAUCGAUCAUGCACUACGGCCAGAAGACGUUCAGCGCCAACGGCUUAGAUACAAUUGUCCCUCGUGUCAGCGGAGUGCCAAUAGGAAUCGCGAAGGAUCUUUCCAUAACCGAUAUUAGAAAGAUUAACAAAUUAUACAAUUGUAAAUCCAAAGAGAUAGUUUCGACGCCAGCACAGCUAAUUGCCACAACGCCUGCAUCCUCUGCUACUACUCAGCCAGGUAAGUACUAUUACUCUAACUAUUCAAUGCUCAGAAUUAUAAAUUAUAUCUUUGGUUAAAA